AUGAAGUCUAGCCACGUCUUAGCCUUGUCCUCAGCAUUACUCUCUGGAGUAGAUGCGUUUUAUAGCGGUUUCAACAUCGGUGCGAAUCUACCCUCUGGAGCGUGCAGAAGUCAAUCGGACUGGGAGUUCGCUUUCAAGAAGAUCGCUAGCUUCCCUGGCAACUUUAAGUCCGCCAGAUUAUAUGCCUCGAGCGACUGCAACACACUAGCAAACGCUGUUCCUGCGGCCAUCACGACAGGUACCUCCCUACUCGUUGGCAUCUGGACUGAAGACAGCAACCACUUCGAGGCGGAGAAGCAGGCGUUGCUUGAGGCCAUUCAACAAUAUGGCUCUGACUGGAUUCUAGCGGUGUCUGUUGGCAGUGAGGAUCUUUACCGGGGAGACACUGACGCAAACACCCUGGCUUCCCAGAUAAACGAUGUUCGUGGCAUGCUAUGGGGUCUUGGAGCUAGCAGCAAAUCUGUCGGGCACGUCGAUACAUGGACUGCUUGGGUCGAUGAUGCGAACACUGCUGUCAUCGAAGCGGUAGAUUGGCUCGGUAAUGACGCCUACCCGUACUGGCAAGGUGUCGGUAUCGACAAUGGUGCAGCGAACGAUGCGUACUGGGCUGCAGUCAAUCAAGUCAGAGCGGUCGCACAAGGAAAGGACGUCUGGACAACCGAGACUGGUCAGCCCAUCUCGGGGGAUACAGUUGGAAAUGCAGUACCGUCUGUUGAAUCGCUGCAGACCUACUGGUGGCAGGUGUCUUGUGCCAGCUUCAGCAGUUUGAACUAUUUCUUCUACGAUCUCGACGAUUUCGCGGCAUCACCCAGCUUUGCCGUGGUCGACUCCAACUACAAUCCCCUCAUCGACAUGACUUGUGGUUCAUGA